UUACAAAAUUUUAAGAGAGCUAGCUCAAAACAAUUUAUAUAUAAAAAUGGCAUAUUCCUGGGACAACCGUGUUGAUUUUGUGGUUCGGUAUAUGUAUGAUAUUGACAACAAUGGCUUCUUGGACCAGAAUGAUUUUCUCUGCAUGGCAGUAAGAGCGUGUGUCGUUGAAGGCAAGGGUGAUUGCAGCACUGCUCGAUUGGAUGACUAUAAAAAACUUAUGAAAAACUUAUGGGACGAAAUAUCUGCAAUAGCUGAUGAUGAUAAGGAUGGAAAAAUAUCUAAUCAAGAGUUCAAAGAUGCAGUAAAAAAAACAUGUGUUGGCAAAAAGUAUGAAGAAUUUCCACAGGCUAUGAGAGCAUUUAUUGAAUCAAACUUCAAGUUGCUUGACAUAGACAGCGAUGGAAUAGUUGGAGUAAAAGAAUACCGUUAUAACUGUAUCACUAGGGUAGCCAUCGAUGAUGUCACACCAAUUGAUAAAGCCUUCGAAACAUUGUUAAACGAUGAAGAUAGGAAACGUGGAGGUCUUUCAUUAGAUCGCUAUAAAGAACUCUAUGGUCAAUUUUUAGGAAAUACUGCUGAUAACCAUCCAGCUGUAAACCUUUUUGGACCUUUAUAAAUUACAUAUUACAUUUAAUUGUCUUCGCUGUUGUUCAACUACUAUUUUUUAAGUUUUAUUUGUAAUUACUAUGACUUUAAACUUACGACCAUAUAGAAAUAACUCAUUCAUAACAUUUUCUGUAGAAUCGUCAGAUGACCAGAACCUUACUUUUAAUGUUUUAUAAUUAGUUAAGUACAAUUGCUCUCAGAAAUUUUAAAUACGUUAUAAUAUUAACUUGCUUUUCUUUACAGGCUCAUAAGUUAUAAGCCUCUCUCUCAGCGCCUACUAGAUUACGUACUAAUGUUGGGUUUAAUAAAAGAUACAUUAAAACAUUUUAACGAAAUCAAUAAAAAAAAUUUGUUAAACAA